UGUCAGCGAGCACUCGACUUCUCCCUCUCGUGAAGUGGGUUUACUUGAACUGAAGAAAGGGAAAAAAAUGUCUCCACUCCUGAGAAGCAUCGUCGAUAUCACUGAAGUUUUCAAUCAAUAUGCCUCACAUGAUUGUGAUGGGGCAGCACUAUGCAAAAAAGACCUGAAGAACCUCCUUGAAAGGGAAUUUGGAGCUAUUCUUCGGCGACCACAUGAUCCUGAAACGGUAGAUUUGAUCCUGGAACUUCUGGAUCGCGACUGUAACGGGCUGGUAGAUUUCAAUGAGUACCUCCUGUUCAUUUUCAAAGUGGCUCAAGCUUGUUACUACGCUCUGGCCGAGGCGUCCGGGCUGGAGGAGGAAGCCCCGUGUGAGGGAAAGGGGGCCCCGUUACUCGAUCGCAGGCAAGAAGACCAAAGGAGGUUUGAUCCCCGGGACAGGGAGUUGGAAGAAGCACGCUGGCAGAAGAGGCAGGAACUAGAGAGGGAGCUCGCUGAGGAAGAGGAGCAGAGGGAGAAGCUAGAGAGGCGAGAGCAGCGGCUGCAAAGGCGAGAGCAGGAAGCGCGCCGCCAGGAGGAAGAGGAGCUGCAGGAGCGCAAGGGGCGGGCGCCCGAGGAGUUUCCCGACCAAGAGCGGAGGCGAGAACGGCGGGAGCAGCGAGAGCUGGAGCGCGAGCGCCAGCGCCUUGAGGAGAAACUGCGGGAGCUCCGGGAAGAGGAGCAGCUACCCCGGCGGGAACGGCAGGAGCUGAGUGAGCGCCUGGAGGAGGAGAAGGAAGAGGUGGAAGAGCAGCUGCAGAGGCUUAGGCGCGGGCGCCAGGAGCCCUUGGAGCAGGAGCUGAGGCGCGAGCAGGAGCUCAGGCGGGAGCAGGAGCUGAGGCGCGAGCAGGAGCUGAGGCGAGAGCAGGAACCGCGCCUGGAAAAGAAGCUGCUGCGGGAGCAGGAAGAGAGGCGCGAGCCGCUUUUGGAGCAGCUGAGGCGCGAGCGGGAGCAGGAGCUCAGGCGGGAGCAGGAGCCGCUUUUGGAGCAGCUGAGGCGCGAGCGGGAGCAGGAGCUUAGGCGCGAGCAGGAGCUGAGGCGAGAGCAGGAACCGCGCUUGGAACAGAAGCUGAGGCGGGAGCGGGAGCUCAGGCGGGAGCAGGAGCCGCUCUUGGAGCAGCUCAGGCGCGAGCAGGAAGAGAGGCGUGAGCAGGAGCUGAGGCGAGAGCAGGAACCGCGCUUGGAACAGAAGCUGAGGCGCGAGCAGGAGCUCAGGCGGGAGCAGGAGCCGCUCUUGGAGCAGCUGAGGCGCGAGCAGGAAGAGAGGCGUGAGCAGGAGCUGAGGCGAGAGCAGGAACCGCGCCUGGAAAAGAAGCUGAGGCGGGAGCGGGAAGAGAGGCGCGAGCAGGAGCUGAAGCGCGAGCAACUGCUGAGGCGAGAGCGGGAGCAGGAGCUGAGGCAAGAGCAGGAACCGCGCCUGGAAAAGCUGAGGCGGGAGCAAGAAGAGAGGCGAGAGCAGCUGCUGAGGCGCGAGCGGGAACCGCGCCUGGAAAAGAAGCUGCUGCGGGAGCAGGAAGAGAGGCGCGAGCAAGAGCUCAGGCGGGAACAGGAGCCGCUUUUGGAGCAGCUGAGGCGCGAGCAGGAGCUCAGGCUCGAGCAGGAAGAGAGGCGGGAGCAGGAGCCGCUCUUGGAGCAGCUGAGGCGUGAGCAGGAGCUCAGGCUCGAGCAGGAAGAGAGGCGGGAGCAGGCGCUCAGGCGGGAGCAGGAGCCGCUUUUGGAGCAGCUGAGGCGCGAGCAGGAGCUGAGGCGAGAGCAGGAACCGCGCUUGGAGCAGAAGCUGAGGCGCGAGCAGGAGCUCAGGCGGGAGCAGGAGCCGCUCUUGGAGCAGCUGAGGCGCGAGCAGGAAGAGAGGCGUGAGCAGGAGCUCAGGCGGGAGCAGGAACCGCGCCUGGAAAAGAAGCUGCGGCGGGAGCAGGAAGAGAGGCGGGAGCAGGAGCUGAAGCGCGAGCAACUGCUGAGGCGAGAGCGGGAGCAGGAGCUGAGGCGAGAGCAGGAACCGCGCCUGGAAAAGAAGCUGCGGCGGGAGCGGGAAGAGAGGCGCGAGCAGGAGCUGAAGGGCGAGCAACUGCUGAGGCGAGAGCGGGAGCAGGAGCUGAGGCGAGAGCAGGAACCGCGCUUGGAAAAGCUGAGGCGGGAGCAAGAAGAGAGGCGAGAGCAGCUGCUGAGGCGCGAGCGGGAACCGCGUUUGGAACAGAAGCUGAGGCGGGAGCCGGAGCCGCUCUUGGAGCAGCUGAGGCGCGAGCAGGAGGAGCGGCGAGAGCAGCAGCUGCGGCGGGAGCAGGAGUUGGCUGAGGAGGAGGCACUGCAAGAAGAGGCCGGUGAGCUGGGCGAGAGCCGUGCCCUGCGGUGGCAGCGGCAGCUGGAAAGCGAGGCCGAAGCCCGACAGAGCAAGGUCUACUCGAGGCCCCGCAGGCCACGCAGGCAGGGGCCACUGAGGCGCCGCCAAGAGCAGGAGGAAGAGGAGGAGAGGCGGCUGCAGGAGCGCGAGCAGCGGCUGCGGGAGCGGGAGGAGGACUCCCAGCUCCUCCGCCAGCAACGUGAGAGGCGGCUGCGCCAGGAGGAGGAUCAGCGCCUACAGGGAUUCGAGAGGAAGCAGGAGCGGCAAUCCCGCGACCUGGAGGAGCAGCUCCAGGAGGAAGAGCGGCGCCAGGAGGAGCUGCUCCGCGACCAAAAGUGGAGGUGGCAACUAGAAGAGGAAAGCCAGAGACGCCGCCACACACUAUACUCCAAACCUGCUCUACGUGAGCAGCUGCAGCGCGAGGAGGAGCAGCUGCAGCGGGAGAAAGAGCAGCUGCUGAAGGAGGAAAGAGAGGAGAAAAGACGCCUUCAGGAAGACAGAAAGCUCCGAGCGGAGGAACAGCUCCUCCAGGAACGGGAAGAACAGCAGCUGCGCCGCCAGGAGCUCGAGCAAGAGCUUCGCCAGGAGGAACAGCAGCUGCGCCGCCAGGAACGAGACAGAAAACUCCGGGAGGAGGAACAGCUCCUCCAGGAACGGGAAGAACAGCAGCUGCGCCGCCAGGAGCGCGACAGAAAACUCCGGGAGGAGGAACAGCUCCUCCAGGAACGGGAAGAACAGCAGCUGCGCCGCCAGGAGCUCGAGCAAGAGCUUCGCCAGGAGGAACAGCAGCUGCGCCGCCAGGAACGAGACAGAAAACUCCGGGAGGAGGAACAGCUCCUCCAGGAACGGGAAGAACAGCAGCUGCGCCGCCAGGAGCGCGACAGAAAGCUCCGCGAGGAGGAGCAGCUGCAGCGGGAGAAAGAGCAGCUGCUGAAGGAGGAAAGAGAGGAGAAAAGACGCCUUCAGGAAGAAGACAGAAAGUUCCGGGAGGAGGAACAGCUCCUCCAGGAACGGGAAGAACAACAGCUGCGCCGCCAAGAGCUCCGCCAGGAGCGCGACAGAAAGCUCCGAGCGGAGGAACAGCUCCUCCAGGAACGGGAAGAACAGCAGCUGCGCCGCCAGGAGCGCGACAGAAAGCUCCGAGCGGAGGAACAGCUCCUCCAGGAACGGGAAGAACAGCAGCUGCGCCGCCAGGAGCUCGAGCAAGAGCUUCGCCAGGAGGAACAGCAGCUGCGCCGCCAGGAACGAGACAGAAAACUCCGUGAGGAGGAACAGCUCCUCCAGGAACGGGAAGAACAGCAGCUGCGCCGCCAGGAGCUCGAGCAAGAGCUGCGCCAAGAGGAACAGCAGCUGCGCCGCCAAGAGCUCCGCCAGGAGGAACAGCAGCUGCGCCGCCAGGAGCGAGACAGAAAGCUCCGAGCGGAGGAACAGCUCCUCAAGGAACGGGAAGAACAGCAGCUGCGCCGCCAAGAGCUCCGCCAGGAGGAACAGCAGCUGCGCCGCCAGGAGCGAGACAGAAAGCUCCGAGCGGAGGAACAGCUCCUCCAGGAACGGGAAGAACAGCAGCUGCGCCAAGAGCGCCGCCAGGAGCGAGACAGAAAGCUCCGAGCGGAGGAACAGCUCCUCAAGGAACGGGAAGAACACCAGCUGCGCCGCCGGGAGCUCGAACAAGAGCUUCGCCAAGAGCGCGACAGAAAGCUCCGCGAGGAGGAACAGCAGCUGCGCCGCCGGGAUGGCCAGGAACAGCUUCGCCGGGAACGCGACAGAAAGUUCCUUGAAGAUCAACAGCUCCUCCGGGAACCGGAAGAACAGCUACUACGUCGCCAAGAAGAGCAGCAGCUGCGGGAGGAGCAAGAACUGAGGCGCCGGCAGGAGCGGGAGAGGAAAUUCCGGGAAGAAGAGCAGCUCCGCCAGCUGGAAGAGGCGCAGAGGCGCGGCCGAGGCUGGGAGGAAAAAGAUAAGGGCCGGCAGCAGAUUCUGGAGUCUGGCAAGCGUCCGUUUGCCAGUGCCCCGGUGCGCUCCAGCCCUCUCUAUGAGUACAUCCAAGAGCAGAGGUCCCAAUACCGUCCUUAAGAAAUGCCGCCAUAUCCCGACACUUGCCAAAGCUUCAGCAAAGGAAAAUGGGAAACACUGGGUACCAGAUGACUCGAAUGUUUUUGGUUGUGGGAAAACUCUGUUAUGCUAGAAUGUCUUUUUUUCCAAAAUCUUAAACUAUACUCAUUUCAUGUACUUUGUACUUCUACCUUUUAGUCUUCCUCGAGUAAUUCUGCAGGAUGUCUUUGCUCUUUGGUGCAGAUGUGGUGUGCAUUUUUAAAAACAGGUCAUUUAAUUUGUUGAAGGAGUUUUGUUUGGGGGACAUGUUAAUUUACUGCUUUCAGAAGUAACAAGAAUAAUCAGAUGUGAGAGUCAAAAGAAUCGGGUCUGUUUUUUAAAUGGUUGACCUAUCUUGUGGAGAAUUUAGAUAUUUUUUAGUGUUCAAGUUGGUAUUUCUUCUUGGGCCUAAAUUACAUUUAUAUUUACCUCCAAAUAACCUCUCAUCUUUUUGGCAUAAUUAACAUAGAUUGUGAAAGGGGACUGGAUUUUUACUGUAGUGAAACUGACUUCUACAGAAACUGACUUCCAUGUGAAAGUAGUCCAUAAUUGGGAGAAAUCUCUAUUAACAUUUAGCUUUACAACUUAGAAUUUGAUUUUUUUUUUUACACUUGACUCCAUAAACACUUAAAAAUCUCAUAAAGCAAAAGUAAGGUGUUUCUCAAAAACUCCAGAACUCAAAUUUUAGAACUGUUUUUGCUGUAGUCUAUAGUCCUCGGUUCUCUUCCCCCAAUCUUUGAUAAAUUUCAGAAUAUUACUACCUUUAUUAAUUUUACCUGAGAGGAAACCUGCUUAGGAUCCAGUAGACAUCUAUCUUCCUCUAGGGCCAAUAAGAGAUCACAGAGAGCAUUUUGGGGGAGGGGAAGGGAAAAAUUUGUAAACAGAGGGGCAAGUUCCUACAGGCCCUUAAGAAAACCCAUCAGCCCACAAUCCUUUGAAGCCUAUUGAUACUACCUUGGAGACAUUCUUGUUGAAAUAAUUGGACUGUAUUAAAAAUUAAUAAUAAAUGUUUAGCAAACAAUUA